UUCUAAUCCGCGCCUGCUUUUGUGCGACUCGUGGACACUAGGUAUCUACUGACUAUCUAGGUAUCUAGGUAGCAAUGCGCGUGUACUUUAUCUCAGCGGUCGCUAUCAGUAUCUUUUUAAACUUUCAGGAAGCAGAUGGUUGGUGGCAGGCGACGAUUUAUGAUGAUGUACAACAUGGCAAGACUUUGCAAACUUUGUCGGGAGGCCCAUGCCGGGAUGUGGCAUUCGAAAAUAACGACAAGGCUUCCUCAAUCAACACUUGGAAUAAAUGCGUGGUAAUUUAUAGUAAUUUCAAGUGCAAAGGCACUAACAGAACGAUGUAUCCCGGAAGUCCUCAUCAUAAAGAUUUCACAAAGCUACAAUUCGAUAAUGUGGUAUCUUCCAUCGGUCCCUGCCCGUGAAAAUAUUGAAUCAUAUAGGACUCGUGGAUAUGUCGCAGGCUAUUGGUCAACUCACAUUGUAUCAAAAACCCAGGCAGAUAGUCAAAUUUUAACAGUUAACGGGAUAUUGUUUUAUGACGACGAGCUCACGAGGUUUCAAUUUUUUCGAAUAAAUCAAUCUUUGAAUCUACUA